CACUCUUUUCUCUUGUUGAGGUGAUUUGAGGAAGCAGUCUCUUCUCACUGGAUCGGCCUCUCAAUUCUGGUCAACUUUUCCCUAAUGACGAUCUUGUUCUUCUUCCCCAGAGCUUCAAGAGCUUUCAAUGGCCACCCUGUAGCCUCCAAGCUUCUGGUGCUCUGUACUAUCAGGAACGCGUGUUGGUCAUCGUGAAAAGGGAAGGAGAAGCUACGCUUUUUCCUGUUACUUUCAUUCACUGAUCUCAGAAGGGGAGCCCCCUCUCCGCUCUCCUCUCCUCUCCUCUCAUCUCUUACUCUUCCUCUCUCUCAUUCUCUACUGGAAAAUCCAUAAUCUUUAGUCUUCCUCUGCUCUUCCUUUCUUUCUGCUCCCCAUAUCCGUGGAGCCUACAAACCAAGUAGUGACGGUCGACAAGCUUCAAACAUGGCGGACGCGUACUGGAGGUACAGCGAUGGUGGACAACCGCGGCCGUCGUCGACGAAUUCAGACAUCGUAAAGCGUCCUCCCUCUGACGCCGCCGUCGCCUCAAGUGUUGCAGUUUAGCCUCUCUUUACUCCACGGCUUUUCUGUGUCAAAUCGACCGCUACAUCUCCCACAAAAACCCUAAAUCUUUUCAUCAAUUUUCAAUAGCGUCCCAUCCGAUGUGCCUCGACACACCUUAAGCCUGUUUUUGAAAAAUCUCCGAAGACAGAGCUAGUCAUGGAGGCGCAGAUCCUAUUGCGGUGUCAAACGUGGAGGUAUUUCUCUUCUCAUAGUUUUGCCUCUAAAAACUUCCGCUAAAUUUUCAAAAUUUGGAAUUUUUUUAUUUUAUGUAUUUUGAUGUUGUUUUGUGAAUUUUUGGCGAUGAUUACAAAUUAUUCGCGCUUCUGAGAGCAAUCGAUGAAGUAGAAUGUGAUAAUCAAUGGUUGAAUUUCUUGAUAUGAGCAAUUUAAGUUUUUUAUUGCUGGUUUGUGGUGGUGAUAUUUAUGGGUUUUGUCGAUUAAUGUUGGCAGUGAUGACUAAAUUUUACAGCUUUAUGCCAGUUCUGCUUCAGAAAAUUCGUGAUUGAGAGAGCUGUUUCAUACUCUGAGCCUUUUGUUUUUUAAUUAGUGUUUUGGAUUUCUGUGUUUUUGGUGGUGCCGCUGACGAUUCAAUCCUCUUGUUCGAGGUGCGGUGCAGUGGAAUUGAGACCCUGUUUACAGGGAGAACCCUCAGUGAAACUGCAUUCAUAUGAAUUUAAUGGAUUUAACCGAGGUUUUAAUCUUACUUACCCUCCUCGUAAAAUGACUUUGUGUUACUUGUUUGGUUUGUUGUCUGUCUAAGAUUAGAUUAGUUGUUUGGUAUGUUAUUAAUUUAUAGGGUCAACAGAUUGGUGUGUUAAAUUUUGGUGAUAUCUUCUUGUCUUUUGGCCUGUGAUGGUUCAAUCCGCUUUUUUGAGGUGUAGUGGAGCUGAGACCUUGUUUACAAGGAGAACCCCUCGGUGAAGCUACAUUGCAUAUGACAUUAAUGGAUUUAACUGAGGUUUUAAGUCUUAAUUACUGCAUCAAAAUCCAUUGUUUUUGUGUUAAUUGCUUGUUUUGCUGAGUAAUGUUUAUUAGUUUGUUAGGAUUAAGUAAUCUUUAGGCAUCAAUGAUGUUACAAUCCAACGUGUUUGAGGCGUAGCGGAAGCGAGAACCUGCAUUGUGCAGGUAGAACCUACUCGUGGAAACUACAUCCCUUGACAGAAAUGAUGUAGCUGAGGCAUUGCAGUCAUAUGGUUUUGUUGUGUGUUGCGUUGAAAUGUUGGUUUUGAGUUUCAACUAUACCCUUAUCCUUUUUUUAUCAGGUUUAGGAUCUGAAAUAACUCAUAAAUUAGAGUGUUGUCAUCAGCUUCAUCUUGUGUUACUGAUCAAGACUGGAGUUAAACAACAACACUACAUCUAAUCACAUUUAUUGUGUUUCUUUUAUUUUUUUGAUUCAUUUUAAAUUUGCUUUCUAGCCAAAAUGAUCCUUGAGAUUUGCUUAACUUCUCAUUUUGAUCUUUAAGAUUUAAAAUCAAUAGAAGUGGUUUCAAUUUUGGUCCUACAGUGAAAAAUUAUGUAUAUAAAAAUCAAUAUACACAAAAUUAUCCUCAGUAUAGAAAAUAAUGGGUCAAAAUGAUUUGACAAAAAUUGGGAGUCUUUUUUAUCAUUUUAUUGAUAUUAUAUUUCAAAGACCAAAAUGAGGAGUUAUACAAAUUUCAGAGAACAUUUUGGCUAAAAAAACCUUUUAAAUUUCAUCUAAAUUUCCUUGGAGGUGACUAGUGAUGAAUUGAUAUGUAUGCUCUAUUAAUUGAAUUGUGUUUUAAGUAAUUUAUGUAGUGAUAAUAAUUCCUUGGAAAUCUUUACCUUGGAUUAGUCAUGUAUGGAUGGGUUCAGACCAAAAACAGACUUGUACUUGUAAAUGAAUGUUAUUGUAAACUCUGUGGUAAUGGGAGUUUGAAAACUUUCAACAUAUCUUUGUUUGUUUUUGUGAUUAAUUUUUGUUAGUUAUGGAUUGGGGACAAUCUUUUCCUCACAUCAUCAAAUCUUAACACGCCCCAACCAAUUUUCAAGACUACACGUGGACAACAACUAGGUGACGCAUGAGCACGUGUGGCUUUUGGACUUUCAUACGCGGAAAAACUUGCUUUGAUACCACGAAGAAAGUUGAGGUUCCACCAUAAAACCCAACCUCUUAUUAAGCCCAUAUAAGGUCUCUUCUCUCAUCAAUGUGGGACUCAUUCUCAACAUUAUCUACAAAGACUUCAUUCAUCCAGAGGAAGAACAAUGUUCAAGCCCUUUCCAUACAUUGAAUUUUCUACAGAGACUUCGUUCGUAUGUGAAGGGUGGAAUAGUUGACUUGCAAUGAUCACCACAAAAAGGGCAUAUAGAUUAAGUUCCAGUAACAUGCAUACGGUAAAUCUUUGCCUGCCUGCUGAAUUCUUUGUGCAGCCAUGAAUACCAAACCCAACUCAAAGUUUGUGUUCUCCGUUAUUUUAUUAUGUGCAUUUCUCGAGUCCCAUGUUUCCCUUGCAGCAGACACCAUCAGCGAAAACCAAUCUCUCUCAGGCGAUCAAACCAUUGUCUCUGCAGGUGGGAUGUUUGAGCUAGGUUUCUUCAAACCAGGUCAGCUUUCAAACUACUAUAUAGGCAUAUGGUACUCCAAGCAAGUAGUAUCUGAGAUGACUGUUGUUUGGGUAGCAAACAGGGAAAUACCAGUAUUUGAUAGAUUUUCUUCGGUCUUGAGCAUCUUAGAUGGUAAUUUAGUUCUCUUGAACGAGUCCAAAACCCCGGUUUGGUCAACAAAUUUAAACUCCACCACCAAUUCUGGUUCUGUACAAGCAUUUCUUUUGGAUAGCGGAAACCUUGUCUUGAAAGCGGGCUCUAGUAAUAAUACAUCAGAGCCUUUAUGGCAAAGCUUUGAUCAUCCAACCCACACUUGGCUACCAGGAGGUAGAUUUGGAUUCAACAGAAUUACAAAUCAUCCCCAAAUUCUCACUUCAUGGAAGAAUUUGGUGGAUCCUGCGCCAGGUCUUUACUCUCUUGAGCCAGACCCAGAGGAUAGAAGUUCAUAUAUCUUAUUGUGGAAUAGGUCUAGAAAGUAUUGGAGCAGCGGACCAUGGAAUGAAAGUUCGCAUAUUUUCAACCAAAUUCCUGAAAUGAGGACAGUUUCUAUCUACAAUUAUACUUAUGUUACGAAUGAGAAUGAAAGUUAUUUCACAUAUUCUCCUCCUAACAAUCCUAAAAUUGUAUCUCAAUUCUUGUUGUCUGCCUCGGGAAAGAUUCAGCAACGAACAUGGUUGGAGAAUUCCAAGCAGUGGAAUUUGUUUUGGUCUCAACCAAGACAGUGUGAUGUUUAUGCUUCUUGUGGGGCUUUCUCCAGUUGCAAACCCACAUCCUUGAACUACUGCAAAUGUUUGAAGGGCUUUGUGCCAAACCUGCAGAGUGAUUGGGACUCGCAGAUUUAUUCUGGUGGAUGUUCAAGAAGAACCAGUGUGAAGUGUGGGAAUGCUACGCAAGACGGGUUUCUAAAAGUAAAUAUGGAGUUAAUGCCUGAAAAUAGACAAUAUGAAGGUGCUCUUAGUAUCGAAAGUUGUAGAUCAGCCUGCUUAAAUGAAUGCCAGUGCACUGCUUAUGCUUAUAGCAGCAGCGAUGGAUGUUCAAUGUGGCAUGGAGAUGUCUUGAAUCUGCAAGUAUUAGAAGCAAAUGAUGGUGGAGAAAUUUUAUACAUCAGAGCUGCAGCUUCCGACAUUAAGAAAAAACGUGUAAUUAAGCCGUCCCUUUUGAUUGCAAUAGUCGUAACAAUCAUUGGUUUGAUUGUUGUCAUUUUUGGCUAUUUCUUAUGGAAGAAAACUUUGGGAAAUAAAAGAGAGCAUAAGAAGAACCAUAAUGAGAGUAAAAGUAAAUUUGAUGGUGGAGGUGGAAAGGAUGAUGCAGAACUACCGAUCUUCAGUUUAAGGGCUAUAAUAGCUGCUACAAACAACUUUGCUGAAGGCAAUAAACUGGGGGAGGGAGGCUUUGGCCUUGUUUACAAGGGAAUUUUGGCUGAAAACCAAGAAGUAGCCAUAAAAAGGUUAUCAAAAAAGUCAGGCCAAGGACACCAGGAGUUCAUGAAUGAGUUAAAACUUAUUGCCAAGCUCCAACAUACCAAUCUCGUUAGGCUCUUGGGUUGCUGUCUUGAAGAUGCGGAAAUGAUAUUGAUCUACGAGUACAUGCCCAAUCGGAGCUUAGACAAACUUUUAUUUGAUGCAUCUGAAAAAAUUGAAUUAAAUUGGGGAAGACGUUUUCGAAUUAUAGAAGGCAUUGCUCAAGGAGUACUUUAUAUCCACAAGUACUCGAGAUUGAAAAUCAUCCACAGGGACCUAAAAGCAAGCAACAUACUGUUGGAUGGAGCCUUGAAUCCCAAAAUUUUAGACUUUGGAAUGGCAAGGAUUUUCGAGAUAAAUCAGACUGAAGCAAAUACAAAUAGGGUUGUUGGCACAUACGGCUACAUGUCAUCCGAGUAUGCGAGAUAUGGUCAUUUCUCUGAGAAAUUAGAUGUAUUCAGCUUCGGAGUGUUGUUGUUGGAGAUUGUAAGCGGAAAGAAGAAUGCUUCUUUUUACCGCUUUGAACAUUCACCAACUCUUGCCGGAUGGGCAUGGGAAUUGUGGAAAGAAGGAAGAGGAAUGGAGGUGAUUGAUGAAUCAGUAAGGGAAGCAUGCCGGCUCGAUGAAGCUUUGAGGUGUAUCCAUAUAGGGUUUUUGUGUGUUCAAGAAACUCCAGCUGAUCGACCAACAAUGUCUUCGGUUAUUCAUAUGUUGCAGGGCAAUGAAUCUACAUCUCUUCCGCCAUCCAAAGAACCUGCCUUUUCAACACACAGAAAUUCCAAUCCUGUUUGCUCUUCUAAAACGACUACUGGUUUGUCCCACAAUGCAGUCACCAUGAGUUUGCCAGAAGGUCGAUAAGCGUUGGAAGAGCAGUGACAGGCAAGCAGUUGAGAAAAGAAAAUAACCUACAAUAGUAGUAGAUUAAAUAUAUGUUAAAGUAUUUUUCAACUGCAAACCACCUCAUUCCUCGGCACAACCAUAUUUAUAUUAGUUUAAAAUAGAAUGUCACUUGUAUCUA